CACAUCGAUGACACUGGACGUCUUGUGGAUCUCCCAUUAGUCAAGUCGAUUGUUGUCCUCAUGCGUUGUCUUGGGGUGGAAAGUGGUGAACGGCAGCAGUGAAAGCGGGUGUUCGCGAGCGUUCCUGUUGUCGAUGUCAAGUUAAAAACUCAAUCGGACAGGAUGUCGUUUCUUCGUGGCUCCGCCAACUACGUGUGGUGCACCACCAGCGUGCUUGGCAAGGGUGCGACCGGCGCGGUGUUCCAAGGUGUCAACAAGAACAACGGCGAGCCCGUAGCUGUCAAGACGUUCAAUCAGCUCAGCCACAUGCGACCGCACGACGUGCAAAUGCGAGAGUUCGAGGUACUGAAGAAGGUCAAGCACGAGAACAUCGUGAAGCUGUUGGCGAUCGAAGAGGAACAGGAUGGUCGAGGCAAAGUGAUCGUCAUGGAGCUCUGUACUGGUGGUAGCCUCUUCAACAUCCUCGACGAUCCCGAGAAUACGUAUGGCUUGGCGGAAAGUGAGUUCCUGUUGGUGCUGGAACAUCUGUCGGCUGGUAUGAAGCAUUUACGUGACAACAAUCUGGUUCAUCGAGACUUAAAGCCAGGUAAUAUAAUGAAAUUCAUCGCUGAUGAUGGCAGCACAGUAUACAAGCUCACUGAUUUCGGGGCUGCUCGGGAAUUACAGGAGGACCAGCAGUUUGUUUCUCUAUAUGGCACCGAAGAAUACCUCCACCCGGAUAUGUACGAACGCGCGGUCUUGAGGAAGCCUGUUAGCAAAACGUUUGGCGCGACCGUGGAUCUGUGGUCCAUAGGAGUAACUCUCUAUCACGUUGCCACGGGAAACCUGCCGUUCCGACCGUUUGGCGGACGAAGGAACAAAGAGACCAUGUUCUACAUUACCACGAAGAAAAUGUCAGGCAUGAUAUCCGGACUGCAGACUUCGGAGAACGGACCGAUUGAGUGGAGCAGGGAACUGCCGCAAAACUGCCAGCUAAGCGUGGGCUUAAAAAAGAUAGUGACACCGUUAUUAGCCGGUUUGCUGGAGGUGGAUCCGCAGAGGAUCUGGAGUUUCGAGCGGUUCUUCAGCGAAGUUACCGACACGCUGUGCAGAAAGCCCAUUCAUAUAUUUAAUGUGCACAAAGCCAGCCUCAUCAAGGUCUUUCUGCAUCCGGAGGAGAAGCUGGUUGCUUUGCAGAUACAUAUUCAAGAUCAAACCGACAUCAUGCCUCACGCGCAGAUUCUGCUUCUCGGUGAGUUUCCGCUCAUAGGCCUUGUCGAGGAGUCUACGCCGGGCAAAGGUUAUCCCAAUACCAGUAACGAUAAGCCACUGAUGCUGUUCUCGCGGGAGAAUAAUAACGUACUGUUGCCGGUGGAGAGCGAGUUACCUAAGUUCCCUGUCUUCGCUAAUCUCGUCUCUGUGGAGAACGAUGCGAGCCAAGCCAAAGUCGCAUGUUCUGUCGGGCAUGUCUGUAAACGAAGAAUCGAUAAAUUGGCGUUGUGCAGCAAAUUAUUGCGCGAUGCGAUAGAAGCAUUCAGUGGGCUCUUGUCCAUGGAACUUACCCGAGUGUUGGGGAAAUGCCAACAUUGCAGAGAGUUCACUAAAGCCAUCGAGGACACCGUGUUGGCGAUCGAGAGAAGUGAAAAUUUUGCCCGACAAACUUUUCGCAAGUUCGGCAGCCAGAGCGCGGUGGAGAUCAAGAACUGGCGAAAAGAUCUGGACGCAAAAAGUAAGGAACUCACGACUGAACUGACGCCGGCGAUAGUGCAGCUUCAUCAAAGGUACGUGAAAGAAGGUAGUCUGCGUGGAGAAUGGGACAAUAGUACUCGCGAUCUGUGGUGUCCAUGGGCCACAAAAGCGAGCCAACGGGCGGCGACGUUGGUUGAUCGUUUGAGGGAUGGUUGGCAACAUUUGCUGAGAGACCGUGCCACUCGUAGUCUAACUUACAACGACGAGCAGUUCCAUGUUCUCGAGCGUAUAAAGGUGACAGAAACUGGACGCAGAUUGAAAGCGCUCCUGGAGACGGAAUGUGUACCAGCCAUGACGCAGCGAUCCGAGUGCGUCGCGGAUUGGUAUAAGAUGGCGCAGACAGUAUACCUGCAGACACAGAUAUUGGAUAAGGAUAUAGACAGCUAUGAGCACGCCUUGGAAUCGUUCUCGUAUCGCUUGUCGCAGGAGAGCAAGGAACGCAAUGAAAGUCUUCUGCAUUCGUUGGAUAGACUGCCGAGCAAGCUGAAGACAAUCGAGAAGACGAGCGUGCCGGCUCAAGAGAACACAAAGAAAUGGCGCAAUAUCUGCGACACGCAAGAACAAAUUACAGUAAUACUUUAUGAAAACGGUCGGCUCAUAGAUCAGCUUGACCAUUUGUCGGCGAUUGAUAGAUUGGAAGAUAUAGGUGAUUCGGAAUAUGAACUCUAAUACGGGCAAUCUUGUCAUUUCUCCAUCAAUCUCGACAGUACUUAAAUGAGAUGAAGACUGGAAAUUAGAGUAUAAUUUUAGAAGUACGACGUACAUAUACAGUUAAUGUACAGACCUAAGGAUAAUGUAAAAAAAAAUAAAAUGUCUUAUUGUUACUUUGACUAAAUAAACUAAAAGUUUACUUUAAAAUCAA